UCACCUUUCUCUCUGUUUCUAGGCAACAGCAUGGGAAUGUCCAGUUUGGAGAAAGACCAUCUUGGUCAGGAAGAAGAUGUAUAUCACACAGUGGAUGAUGAUGAGGCCUUUUCAGUGGACUUGACCAACAGGCCCCCUGUCCCAGUGCCCAGACCAGAGGCCAGUGCAUCUGCCACUCACCAGCUAUCUGACAAUGAAUCAUACAUUUCUAAAGUUUUUGCAGAAAAAAGUCAAGAGAGGCCUGGGAAUUUCUAUGUUACCUCAGAGAGCAUCAAGAAAGAGCCACCUGUCAGACCGUGGAGGGACAGGCCUCAGUCGAGCAUAUAUGAUCCCUUUGCUGGGAUGAAAACACCAGGCCAGCGGCAACUCAUUACCCUCCAGGAGCAGGUGAAGCUGGGCAUCGUCAAUGUGGAUGAGGCCGUGCUGCACUUCAAAGAGUGGCAGCUCAACCAGAAGAGGCGGUCAGAGUCCUUCCGCUUCCAGCAGGAAAAUCUUAAACGACUAAGAGAGAGCAUCACCCGAAGACAGAGAGAAAAGCAAAAAUCAGGAAAGCAGACAGACUUGGAGAUCACAGUCCCAAUUCGGCACUCACAGCACCUGCCUGGGAAAGUGGAGUAUGGAGUCUAUGAGAGUGGCCCCAGGAAAAGCAUCUUUCCCCCAAGGACAGAGCUAAGACGAGGAGACUGGAAAACAGACAGUACCUCCAGCACAGCAAGCAGCGCGAGUAACCGGUCCAGCACCCGGAGCCUCCUCAGUGUGAGCAGCGGGAUGGAGGGGGACAAUGAGGAUAAUGAAGCUCCCGAGGUUACCAGGAGUCGUAGUCCAGGCCCCUCACAAGUGGACAGCAUGCCCACCGUGCCCCUUGAGAGGCCCCCUAGGGUGCCACCCCGAGCUGCCUCACAGAGGCCUCCGACCAGGGAGACCUUCCAUCCUCCUCCACCUGUUCCACCCAGAGGUCGCUGAUUCCACCUCUUAAAGGCUACCUCCUUCCAGACUUUGAGACUUGCAGUUUUCAGCCUGUUAAAAUGAUGUCUUCAUGUUGAGUUUCAUGGCCUGACUGCUGACCCUAAGACCCACUCUCAUCACUGAUAUUGUUGUGGCCCUGCUGGUUUGGGCUUACCUUGAAGAAGAUAUUAUUAAGGCACAAAGAAUCAAAAAACUAAGAACUUCAUUCACCAUCAUCUAUUGAUCCACAUCCUUGUUUGCCAAGAGGAUGACGACUUAAUUGGAACUGGACUAAUUUGACAUGUCAGGAGCCUGAGAAGAUUGAUCAGAAACGUACAAGUGAUUUUACAGAAAUGCACUUAUAUUAGGUCUUACUUAUUUGCUAGUCCAAUCUAACUUCUGUGGUUAUGAUUUAAGACUUACAGUACCUAAUUUUUAAAUGAUUCUUCAGCUUUUCUGUAGCUUCAGGAGGGUGUUUAAAUGCCAGGGCUGGUCACAUACAGCAAACUCAAGGGGAUUAGAGAGGGAUUAGUCCUAACUCCUUUUAGAUAGAAGGAAAAUCUAAUUUCACUGAAGCCUGGAGCCAAGAGUACUCAAUUGGUUAGAGGAAGAGGUGGGUCUAGAAUCUGGACCUGCUGAUUCCAGAUCAUCACACUUCCCAUAUCCAAAUGGCCAAGCUCUCUCCUUCAAAAGAUGCCCAGAUGUAGAAAUGUGUUCAGUGACUAUUGACCUUCUAGAAGUUUCCUUUUUCCAUAUCUCCCAGGUAUGGGACUAUCAAGUAUUUGGGGCAUUUAUAAUUCAGUAUGCUUGCCAAAGAACAUCUAAAUGGAAACCAAAAGCUUGGCAUGCCAGGGAUCCCACUUAUUGCUCUGACUCCUUUAUAGAUCUUAGUUCUGGCCAUAGGAGACAGGGGGGGAUCCUUGACUUUCACUUUGCUGAGGGGUCAGAAGAAGAAGGAAGAACUUAAAAUAGAGAUAGUCCUCUGUUUUACUAUAAGCUUGUUAUUAACACCAGGUUGGGGAAAUCUGUGCAGAGAAUGUAGAGCCUUAGAUAUAUCAUUAAUUUUGAGUCCUUAGCAUAUAAAUCUACUUUGAAAACACAGGUCUUUAUUUUGAUGCUUAAAUAUACAGUAAAAUUAGUAUCAGACCCAUUUCUUUAAAAAUUAUCAGAAAUCUGAUGGUCCUACAUGAAAUUAUUCUCCAUCCCACACAAAGAUAUAAAAACUAUACUAUUAAAGAUCCAUUUAAGUACAGUUUUAUUGAGUCCUCUUCUAAUGAUUAAUGAUUCUUUUUCAGGCAAAUUCCUCAGUUCAGCAAACAACGAUUGAGUGAAGUUAACAGCUUCUGGGAUCUUGGGUUUUUGUUUUUCUUUUUUUUCCUGACAUAAAAUGCACUAUUGGCACUGUCCUUGAAGAGUAUUUGUGCAAAUUACCUACCACAAUUCCUGGCACAUGGUAGCUGUUUUGGAAUGGUCCCUUUACUCUCCUUGUCACUUAUCUGGGAAAUAUGAGAUAUAUAAGGAAAUAUGAGAUAAAAGAACAAGAAGUAUAAGACUGGUAUUCCUCUUAUUUAUAGACAGUCUCUAUUUUAAGCAUGCUUGAUCUUGAUAAAGCUAUACUUUUAAAAAUAUUUAAUGCCUCUAAGCCUCCUUUUGGAUGCCAAAUUUAAUUUUUUUUAGAUUCUUUGAUAAAUAUUUAGAUCAGUCACAUGACAAAACCUACUGCUAGCCAAUGGUGUCACCAUCUUUGUAUGCACAUCACUGUGUAAUAUUGGAAUAUUUUAUGGCAUUUUAUUCUUGUAGGAAAAUAAGUGGAAAACAUAAAAUUGAAAGUACUUAUGAUAAAUCUGGGUUUCAUAAAUGUGGCACACUUGAGAUGUGGCCUGAAAUGAUCAGGAGUGCCAAGUCAAAAAUGGCAAGUUUUAAAUCCUCAUUGAAUGUUCAUUGAACAUCCACAAAUGAUUGUGUGUAAAAGAAGAAAAUGAAAAAUUUGUAUGAAGCAUGGGGACCAUGUUAUCAAGGAAUAUCUCUAAAUGAUGGGGUGAAAUUUUUCAUUCGCCAAAAACAGAACCACUCAUUAUAAUUUAAAUUUACUCAAUUUCUACACACUCAACCUUAGUAUGCAUUUUUAGGAAUACAGACUGUAACAAAAUCAUGAAUUUAAGUACAAUGAGAAUCAGAAACUAAAUUGUAAAUAGGUAUGCAAAGAGACUGUUAAAAAGUUCCCUGUAAGAUGCCUCUCCUUCCCCAAGAUGUUAUAAACUGGCUCAAUAGACAGUGAAGCUGUUGGUCAUAUUCACCGCCAUUGCCUUUGCCUCUAACUGUGCCUCUAACUUUGUCCUCCAGUUCCCAGUCCAGCACUGUUCCUUCAUCUUAUGUUAAAACCUGUGAGCAUAUAACCCAACUAUAUGAGCAACAAAGUAUGAAUACUGAGAGACUCUAAACAGGAGGUUUGUAUUACAAUCGAAUAAUUUAACUUGACAUAUUUAAUGAUGUGAAUAAUCCCUAAGGCUUUGCCAUAAUUAGGUAAAGUAAUAGUAUGUAAAUGACUUCAAUGAAUAUUUUUCACAUCAAGCCAAGUUACCUACUCUUUCCCCCUCCUUUUGUCUUUCUUUGUUAUUAAAAAACAGGGAUCCUAGUCCACCCUACAUUACCUCAAUAGCUGGGAUUUUUAGAUCCCUCUCCCAUUUGCUCCAGGAAGUAAGUUGGUUUUCUGUGCUUGUCUUUCAAAGAAUACUGUGUGGAUUUCCAACUGGUUGGCUGAGGAAGCAUUAGUAACGGACUUAUUUCCAAAGAAGACAAGUAGCUAAUUUGGAUAUCUCUAGAAGAUUCAUCCUAAAAAUUGAUCCUCAAUUUUGAGGACUCUGAUUGUAUAAAUAUUUGCUUUGGUUUGAUAAACAAAUUGUGUUCUAUUCGUUUGCAAGUAUAAGUUAUUAAGAAUAAAAAAUGGUCUUCUCUAUUCA